AUGAGGAACUCACCGUCCAAGCACGGGUCGGGAGGGCAUUCUCGUAAUUUCAACGACGCCACAUGGUUUCCCUUUGUCAAGUCCGGUUUCGGAAUAUCUCCAAACAGAUCAUACGCCGUCUUCUCUCUCCUCAUCCUCCUCAUCGUCGGCGCUUUCAUCUCCCCGCGCCUCCUCCUCGACGACCCCACAGUUCUUCUGAUAGAGAAAGAAGCCGUGACGACGACGAAGACUAAAACCCGUACGAUAUCCCCGAAAUACCCUCGACCAGCUGCAGUAAUUACACAAAAACCACUCGAGUUCACAUUGCACUGCUCCGCCAACGAGACAUGCCCGAGAAACAAUUACACGACGACGGUGAGCUACAGAGAAGAUGAUUCUAAGCUUCCCACGUGUCCCGAUUACUUCCGCUGGAUCCACGAGGAUCUCCGUCCCUGGGCGAAGACUGGGAUCACGAGGGAGGCACUCGAGCGUGCCAAGAAGACGGCGAAUUUCCGGCUCGCCAUCGUCGGCGGGAAGGUUUACGUGGAGAAAUUUCAGGACGCUUUUCAGACGAGAGACGUGUUCACAAUCUGGGGAUUCUUACAGCUUCUUCGUAAGUACCCUGGCAAGAUUCCAGAUCUCGAGCUCAUGUUUGACUGCGUUGACUGGCCUGUCGUUAAGGCUGCGGAAUUCGCCGGGGUAAACGCGCCGUCGCCUCCGCCUCUGUUUCGGUACUGUGGAAACGAGGAGACGCUCGAUAUCGUCUUCCCUGAUUGGUCCUUCUGGGGAUGGUCGGAGGUGAAUAUAAAGCCAUGGGAGAGUCUGUUGAAGGAACUAAGAGAAGGGAACCAGAGAACCAAUUGGAUAAACAGAGAGCCUUAUGCUUACUGGAAAGGGAAUCCAAUGGUCGCAGAGACAAGACAAGAUCUCAUGAAGUGUAAUGUCUCUGAGGAUCACGAAUGGAACGCUCGUUUGUAUGCUCAGGACUGGCUCCGAGAAUCAAAAGAAGGCUACAAGCAAUCAGACUUAGCGAGCCAAUGCCAUCACAGGUACAAGAUCUACAUCGAAGGGUCUGCAUGGUCCGUGAGUGAGAAGUACAUUUUGGCGUGUGACUCGGUGACUCUGCUUGUGAAACCUCAUUACUAUGACUUCUUCACCCGGGGCCUGCUUCCGGCUCACCAUUAUUGGCCCGUUAAGGAGCACGACAAGUGCCGCUCCAUCAAGUUCGCUGUUCAUUGGGGUAACUCUCACAUUCAAAAGGCGCAGGAUAUUGGAAAAACGGCGAGCGAAUUCGUUCAACAAGAACUCAAGAUGGACUAUGUUUAUGAUUACAUGUACCACCUUUUAACCGAAUACUCGAAACUACUCCGGUUUAAGCCCGAGAUUCCACGGAAUGCGGUAGAAAUUUGCUCGGAAACAAUGGCGUGCCCAAGGAGUGGGAACGAGCGGAAGUUUAUGACAGAAUCACUCGUGAAACACCCUGCAGAGACCGGUCCGUGUGCCAUGCCGCCUCCUUAUGAUCCGGCGUCGUAUUAUGCGGUUGUGAAGAGAAAACAGAGUACGGCUAUGGGAAUCCAACAGUGGGAGAUGAAGUACUGGAGCAAGCAGAAUCAAACCGGCUCUUGA